AUGCGGAAGUUCUCCCUCAUGAUGAAGCCCGAGAUAAGCCCCGCGAAGUUCGCGCCCUUGAGCAAGCCGUUCCAGCCCGAUGCAGACGCCCGAAAGCUGGAAGGUGUUGUAUUUGACGUAGACGGUACGUUAUGCGAGCCGCAAAUGUACAUGUUCGCCGAGAUGCGGGCUGCUCUCGGUAUCUCCAAGGGGACCGACAUCCUGGACCACGUGUACAGCCUGCACACGGCAGAGGAGCAACACCACGCUAUGGAGCUGAUCCGCGGCAUUGAGCGGACGGCCAUGGCGUUGCAGGUCGCGCAGCCGGGGCUCGUGCGGCUGAUGGAGUAUCUGGACGAGCGCGGGAUUCGCAAGGGCAUCUGCACCCGCAACUUCGACGCGCCCGUCAACAGCCUGCUCAGCAAGUUCCUCGCCGGCAGUAUCUUCGGCCCUAUCGUGACGCGGGAUUUCCGGCCGCCAAAGCCCGACCCGGCCGGCAUUCUGCACAUCGCCCGCAGCUGGGGUCUGUUGCGGGAGAGCACCGGCGAGGCAGGCGUGCCUCUGUCCGACGAGGAGCAACGUCGGGCUCAAAACGCAGGGCCCAGCGCCGCCGAUGACCUCGUGCCAACGCAGCGCGGAGACGCCGUUGCCGACGCGAGCGGGCUCAUCAUGGUCGGCGACAGCAUUGACGAUAUAACUGCCGGCCGACGGGCGGGUGCCAAGACUGUACUGCUAGUGAACGACGUCAACCGAGAUCUGGCCAACCAUGAGAAUACAGACUUGGUCAUAUCUCGGUUGGAUGACUUGAUAGAAGUCUUAGAGAAUGGCCAGCUUUAA